UACUAAUUAACAAAAAUUCGCAGAUGACCUGUCAGUAGAUCUUAGCAACGUAUGUUUCAAGAACUCUUUUCAGUCUCUACUCUCGGACAAAACUCUUCCAAAGUCCUAAAACACGCACAACACACACUGACUGGGCGGAAGGGAGGGAGCUGCAAGCAGAAGCAAUGGAUGCCUUGAGAAAGCAGGCCAGCAAGCUCCGAGAACAAGUUGCCAAACAGCAGCAGGCUGUGAUAAAGCAAUUCAGUGGCAGCGGAUAUGAGAGUUCAGAUGUGAUGGUAAUUGAUGAAGUGGAGAUGCAAAGGCAUCAGCAAUUGGAGAAACUGUACAGGUCUACUCGUGCUGGAAGGGAUUUUCAGAAAGAAAUUGUUAAAGCAGCCGAAACAUUUACAGCCAUAGGGUAUAAGCAUAUUGAAGCAGGCAAUAAAUUAUCUGAAGAUUGUUGCAAAUAUGGAGUUGAGAAUGGUCAUGAUGAAAUCCUAGGUAAGGCUGCAACAAUCUAUGGUGAUGCUUGUAAACAUGUGGAAAAGGAGCAGGAAGACCUGAACAGGAUGUUGUUUUCAGAGGUUUUAGAACCCUUGCGAGCAAUGACAACAGGCUCACCUUUGGAAGAAGCUCGGCAUCUUGCUCAACGUUAUAGUCGAAUGAGACAAGAAGCUGAGACCCAGGCGGUGGAGGUUUCUAGAAGACAAGCACGAGUAAGGGAAGCUCCAAUUCCAGAAAAUGUAGCAAAGCUGCAUGCAGCUGAAGCUAGAAUGCAGGAGCUUAGAGCAAACAUGGCAGUACUAGGCAAAGAAGCAGCUACAGCAUUGAGUUCUGUAGAAGCUCAGCAGCAGAGGCUAACUUUUCAGAGGCUUGUAGCAAUGAUCGAAGGAGAAAAAAUAUAUUACGAGAGGAUAGCUGCUAUUCUUGGUCAGAUUGAAGCUGAGUUGGUAUCAGAUAAGCAACGGAAAGAAGCUGCUCCUCCUGUAAUUGCAACUGAUCAUGGAUCUGAGAAAACCAAAUACUUUCUGGCUGAGGCUAGGCAUGCUUUUGAUGCUGAGACUGAGAAGGAGCUGAGCUUGGCAGUGGGGGAUUUCAUUGUUGUUCGACAGGUAAGCCCAUCGGGAUGGUCAGAGGGGGAAUGCAGAGGUAAAGCUGGUUGGUUUCCAUCUUCAUAUGUGGAAAGACGUCACCGCAUUCCAACAGACACUGGGGCAGCAGAAGUUUUCUAGUUAUACAUUUGGCUGGUGAAUUGAAUUCCCUUCCUGGUUUGAAAUGCAAUUAGUCUGUCUCUAUUUAAUACAGCUCCAAUUUGGUAGUGUUAGAUAAUGGUUGUUUAUUCCAUGUUCCUUAUUCUAUUUUGAUGAGAUUAGAAAGUAAGCAGAAUAUUGACGUAUACUUGAAAUGCAUGUAUCUUUAGUUUGCAUCGUUUUGGGUGACAUGUAGAAUCUAUAUAUAUAUUUUUUGUUGUUACAUGGUAUCACAUAAUCUGGAAAA